AUGAAGACUCAGAGGGACUUUGUUGAGAAAGUCAAUAAGGUGUGUGACAGAGUUCUUUCUGCUGGUUUUGUUGGUGACCAAUUUUAUACUUCUUACCCUAAUGGAACUGAGUUUUUAACUGACACAACUAAGAGACUUCAAUAUCCAAAUGAGGUGACAUAUUUAGUACGAACACAAAAUACAUCAGUAAACCAAACUCAGGAGCUACAAAAGAUGAAGAAAACAAUCCCUCAACUCUUGCAGCUUCAUCAAUACAAUGACAAGGGGAAAAAAUUCUCAACCGAUGGGACAAUUAAAGAAAUUCAUGGAAGUAGAGGAUGGUGGUACAACGCAUGUGCAAAAUGCAAAGUUGGAGUUACUAACGAUGAAGGAGUUCUAUCUUGUGGAAAAUGUGGUCCAACAGAGAAUUUGUCGAUACCAUGGUAUAAAUUAGUCAUUACUGUUGCUGUUGCUGACAAUACUAGAGAAGCUACAUUCUAUUUGUUUGGAAAAAAUGUUGAGAAACUGAUAAAGAUUUCAGCUGCACAACUAUCAACUCUUCCAAGCUCAGACAAAAAUGUUGUCCCUCCAAUAAUGAGAAAAAUUUAUGGUCCAACAUACACAUUUACCUUAUCAAUCAAUGAAAGGGACAGUCAUCUUCAAUAUUUGACAUUCAAUAUAUCAGAUGUUUAUGAAACAGGUAUGGAUCAUACAUCAAAUAUACAAACUGGAGAAGGGCAAAGCAGUCAAAUGAUUACAAAUACUUCCUCUGUAGAAGAAUCAAUUACAAACUCUUCAGAUCAACAAACAAAGACCACGGAAGAAAUCCCUUCUGAUGAUGAAGUGAUCAGCACUUUUCGACUCAAAAGAACAAGAUGA